AUGGCCAAUAAAACCGCAAAAUUUGAAAAAUUAGUAGUGGGCGCGCUGAAAAAGUUGCAAGAUCUCCAAGGAUCCUCGCCAAAAGAAAUAACAGACUAUUUAUCACAAGAGUAUGACGUACCGUCUAAAGAAAUAAGAAAACAAGUGCGUUUAGCACUUCGCCGUGGUGUUUCUUAUGGAAUAUUACAACGGAAUGCCGGAGGCACAUAUACUUGCAAUAAAGAGUUUAUAAAAGACCCAACCAGUACUGAAGUGACAGAACCGUGUUCUUGGAUGAAAUUCGGUCGCAAAACAAAAUCGAGGAAAAGUAAAGGCGGCCGGAGGGGCCGAAAAAAAUCCAGAUCUAAGCGCCGGCGCUCAAAAAAAUCCAGAUCCAAAAAGCGCGGCACAAGAGGAAGAAGGGGAAGGGGAAGCAGGAAAAGUAUGAAAGGUCGGAGAGGCAAAAAGACCAAAAGAGGCAAGAAGAAGAAGGACGAAGAUUGCUUGGUUUACCUGAGGGUUGAUAAAAGUAAAUUAACUAAGAAGAAAAUUAAGUCCAAAAAACGAAGCAAGGUUUUA